CUCUCCUCUUGCCCAGGAGGGAGGAGAGACGCAAGAAAGAAGUGGAACACUGUCCUCGUGGAAGGCACUGCCAGAGAAGGUAGUGGUGAGAGAUUUCCAGCGAGGGAGAUGCCAAAUGCAGAGGAGGCUUGUUGUCCUGCUCAGAACAGAGUGGCUUCCUUGAACACGUCUUUAAUUAUGAUUCACACCAACUUGAAGAAGAAAUUCAGCUGCUGUGUGCUGGUCUUUCUCCUGUUUGCGAUCAUCUGUGUGUGGAAGGAAAAGAAGAAAGGGAGUUACUAUGAGUCCCUUAAAAUGCCCACCAAGGAAUUCCAAGUGUUGAGGAGUCUAGAGAAACUGACCAUGGGGUCUGGUUCCCGGUCUGUAUCUUCAAGAGGCACGCAGAAUCCCCAGAGUCCCAGGGGCCCAGCCAAGGCCAAGCCAGAGGCCACCUUCCAGGUGUGGAACAAGGACAGCUCUUCCAAAAACCUCAUCCCCAGGCUGCAAAAGAUCUGGAAGAAUUAUCUGAGCAUGAACAAGUACAAAGUGUCCUACAAGGGGCCUGGGCCUGGCGUUAAGUUCAGUGCAGAGGCCCUGCUUUGCCACCUCCGGGACCACGUGAACGUUUCCAUGGUAGAGGUCACAGAUUUUCCCUUCAACACCUCCGAAUGGGAGGGUUACCUGCCCAAGGAGAACAUUAGGACCAAGGCUGGGCCGUGGGGCAGGUGUGCAGUCGUCUCUUCAGCGGGAUCUCUGAAGUCCUCCCAACUGGGUGGAGAAAUAGACAAUCACGAUGCAAUCCUGAGGUUUAAUGGGGCGCCCACAGCCAACUUCCAACAAGACGUGGGGACGAAAACCACCAUUCGCCUGAUGAACUCUCAGCUGGUCACCACAGAGGGGCACUUCCUCAAGGACACUUUGUACAAUGAAGGAAUCCUAAUUGUGUGGGACCCAUCUGUUUACCAUUCAGAUAUCCCAAAGUGGUACAAGAAUCCUGACUACAGUUUCUUUGAUAACUUCAAGAGCUAUCGUAAGCUGCACCCCGAUCAGCCCUUUUAUAUCCUCAAGCCCCAGAUGCCUUGGGAACUGUGGGACAUCAUUCAGGAAAUCUCCCCGGAGGAGAUUCAGCCAAAUCCCCCGUCCUCUGGGAUGCUCGGCAUCAUCAUCAUGAUGACGCUGUGUGACCAGGUGGAUAUUUAUGAGUUCCUUCCCUCCAAGCGCAAGACCGAUGUGUGCUACUACUACCAGAAGUUCUUUGACAGUGCCUGCACGAUGGGCGCCUACCACCCUCUCCUCUUCGAGAAGAACAUGGUGAAGCACCUCAACCGGGGCACAGACGAGGACAUUUACCUGCUGGGGAAAGCCACACUGCCUGGCUUCCGGAGCAUUCGCUGUGGAGCCUAAGCUCUCUGGCCAGGCUCCCUCAUCCUUCUCCAUCGGGCUUUUUACAGCUGGACUCUUGGCCACCGUGGCCCGGGGAAGACCGUGUUCCCAGAUAAUCACAGCCUGCACUCUAGGCCUUCUGGCAGGAGCUCUGGGGCUUCCAGAUCCCAAGGGCAGGGACCCAGGCCCAGCCUGAACUUUUGCCACAGGAGUGUGUGAGCCCAGAGCUUGUCACCCCUCACAUGUACACACAUACCUGCCAUUCCUUCCAGACAUGGUCUGCCCCUCUUCCCGUACAGGUAAAGGCAGGGUCCGCCUUUCCCACCAGGGCUGCCAACGCUGGGCUGCUUUUCCCACCAGUAUAAUGGCAUUCUCACAAACCAGGGCUCCGCAAUGCUUGAAAUCUGUGCCUAGACACUGAUUUCAUGUUGUAAAGAAAUUCUCCCAAAUUAUGAUUGUACCCAGUACAGGGUGCCUCUGUGGGGCAAGGACGCUGUAUAGGGUCUAGGAAACAGGCUCAGCUGCUCCAGAACAAAGCUGCUCCCGGGGCCAUGCCCUGGGAGAGGCAGUGUUCCAUCGCUCUGGCAGGUGUGCUGGCCCGUGGCCUGGGUCCAUACCAGAGGAGAUGAGACUACAGGAAGAAAGAUCCGGUCUCCAGCCUCAAGCUGCCCCCAGGUCAGGUAGGAGUCAGUGCUCGGUGAGCUGAGGGCUUCUAGGGUGGUGGGCUUGCUGUGCGUCUGCACGCAGGAGGGACCGCCCACUUUCUGUGUGGUGGGUCACAGAGGGCUUCACGGGGUGGGGGGGGCUAUCGAGUGGAUUUUAGAAGAGGAAAACAUGUCAAUUAGAUUUUAUCUGAGUCAUUUGAGAUGUGUUUUCCUUUAUGACCCAUAUUUAUUCUCUAAGAUCUGCCUGAAUUUACAGGCUCAAGUGAUUUUUUGAGGAAGCCCCCUACUCACGUCUGAGGCAGCAAGUGCAGCUUCACAGCAGGUGCCAGGCCAGCCAGGUGCCAAAACCCUGACUUCCCCAGGCUCGCCUGGCCUGACCCUUUCCUGCAAGCUACGUGUGUGCACCACAUCCAUCUCUUCCUUUUUGACACCCCCCCCAAACCUCCUCCUAACUGCCAUCUCGUUUUUCCCUUUAAAGUAGCCUCCCCACUCCCAAAUCACUUUUAAGCCUUUUCCACUUUAAAAUAUUCUGACCCAAUCUCUUUGACCUUCAUAAGCCUUCUGUGAAAGGUCUCUCAGGGAGUGGGGAUGUGGUCCCCUAGGACUUAAAGUCACUCUCAGAGGUCAGAACCUUGGGAGAUCAUGACUGAUUCUCACCAGGGUAUCAGAGUGCCACACCCUCCACCCCUCCUGUGAGGGAGGGACAUCAGAGUCUCUGGGCAGGGGGCCUGCCAGCUGUAGUCUGUCCACACACUUCCUGGUGGACCACUGUGCUAAGUCCCCUCCCCUGACGGGGACCCACACUGGACUGGAACAGGCUUCUGGACCCCUGAGGCUCGCCCCAUGUGCUCAAGGGCCUUGAAUGUUUGAGCUCCAAACCAGCCAUUGUGGAGCUGGAGUCCUCUGGCUGCCAAACCACUGGCUUACACGGGCAGUAGAAAAAGCCGUGGAGUGAAGAGCCUUGGGUUUUCAAAGUGAUGCUCCCCUAUUACUAGCUCUGCUACCACAUCUGUAAAAUGGGUGGUGAGCCUGCCUCACAGGGCUGUCGUGAGGGUUGCAUGAAACACCUGGCACAUUGCUGGUGCCCAUUACAUGCUGGAUCCUCCCUUCUUUUACUAGGGACCUGCUCUGUGCUCACAUCUGGGCAGCACACUGCUUCAAAGGAGCCCAGAGAUGAGGCCCUUUCCUCAGGGAAUUAACUGACCUAGUGGGAGACAACAACUACCCUGCUUGGAAUACCCAGGAAACCAAGGCAGUGGAGGGUGCACAAUGUGCCCGUCCUGCUCCCUGCCUGCAGCCCAGGCCUGAUCUGCUUGGGGAUGGGCAGGGCAUAGGGCUGCAGGUGGCCUCAUCUCUGGGCCCACGGAUUCCUGGCAGUCUUUGAGUCAUGAGCACUGAGUGCAGAGGAAGGUGGCAUUCCAUCAUCAGGAGAGAGAUGUUGGUGUGCCCACUGAGACUACACUGGGUAGAUGCUAGCUUUUAAUUAUUAUUAAGACAAGGGAUCAAAUUAAUUUAAGUGUGAUUCUGAGGGCUAUAGGACUUUUUAAUUCUGUGCUUUAUAUGGAAGCUGGUAAAAUACAAAUAAGAUGUGGACAUUAUUGUUAGACUGGUUAGAUGCUAAAUACUGUGACAAAUAAUUUUAAAAUUGUGAGUGAGUUCUGUAGGAAAGCCCCUGUCUCUAAGGGGUUCUGUCUUCUUCAGUAUCCAUCUCUUCAUCUUAUAUCAUGAGGCCCUCAAAUCCUUCCACCAAUCAAAUAAGCUAUUGAUACUGGUUUGGGGUUGAGACGUCAAUCUCAGAAACAUGCCUAAGUGAAUUCUGAAUGACCCAAAGAUUAUGUAAAAUUUUAAAAUAAAUGUUUUUUUAAAAGCUU